UCAAAUGCCUCCUCACCUCCCGGGAAGUCAUGGAGGGAAACUGGGGUUGGCGUGCCUCCGUCGUCGGUGUCAGAGGAGAGGCGUUGCAGGAGGCCGCACUUCAGAAGAAGCGGAAACUACAGUUAAAAAGAUUAGCAAAUCAAACGCUUGAAGCUGAUCUCACUGUCGCGCGUGUCGAUCAUUCUCCGCUUCAAUCGACAGAAUUGGCAAAACCUGAUCUUCCCGGUCGAGGUUGUCUGCUCAACUUUCACAGGUAUAUUUUCCACUGGGCUCAAUCUCAGAACAAUUCAAACAUCAGUUUAUGUAUAAGAGCUCUCCCCUGUCUUUUGAGAUCAGCAGUGAUGCCCAUAAGGAAUGGUGACUUGGCUGUGACAUGCGAUGGAUUGUGCAAUGUGCUUUGGACUCUUGAAGCUGAUAUAGGAGAUGGCUACCUCAUAUUUCUUACGGGGGAUCUGGUUAGCUUAGGAAGCUGGGAGCCAGAUAUGGCUGUUCUGUUAUCUCCCUCUAAAGAGAAUGCUAAUCUGUGGAAGACAGAAAUAAAGGUGCCAUGCGGGGUUCAUUUCAAGUACAGUUAUUUUAUGAAAAAAGGGAACAAUUCUUCUAAUAAUCUAGUUUGGAGGCCAGGGCCUGAUUUCUCCCUUUCAGUACCAAACGUUAGCAAAGAAAAUGAAGUGGUUGUGGUGAGAGAUUCUUGGUUGAGGACUAGAAUAGAUAGGCUGCCUGCUCCUUCAUGGGGAUCGUGGAUGUUAGACUUAGACCUUGUUGAGCAUUGCUUCAAACAUAGAGUCCCUCAAGCUUCAGUUCAAGGUGAACUCAAGAUGCUGAGAAAUCCUAAUGGUGUUCCUUCGGGAAGGAAGCAACUCUCAGAUGUAGCUGUGGAUGAUUGUAUGCUCAAGGUGAGGAAUACAACUAUAAAUGCUGGCUCUUCAGAAAAUGAGUUGUCUGAAAGAGAACAACCUGUGGAGGAGCCUUGGCUACUUCAAGCUAUUCUUCUCUCCAAAAAGGAUUCGGGUGAAUCACAGGAAUCACUUGAUUCAGAUCGAGGCAAGAUUGAAUAUCCUAAAAAGUUAUAUCAAGAUACAGAAACAUCAGUACUGAAAGAUGAGGGCAAGACAGCAGGCACUGUGGAAUCAGCAUCUACAGUUAUACUGAUCAACUCCUCUGUAUGUACUAUGCAAAGAAUAGCUGUUUUGGAAGAUGGGCAGCUUGUUGAGCUAUUACUCGAACCAGUUAAAAACAAUGUACAGUGUGAUAGUGUCUACCUAGGGGUAGUUACACAAUUUGUGCCCCAUAUGGGUGGUGCAUUUGUAGAUAUUGGGAUAUCGCGUCCAUCCCUUAUGGACAUUAAGCCUAGCAGGGAGCCUUUUGUAUGUCCUCCAUAUGAUGGCAAAAUUAUUGGGGAGGCACCAAAUAGUUCUCUAAAUGUUAAUCCAAAAGAUCAAGUUGAAGCUGCUGAACAUGACUACAAUGAGGAUGACAUGAUUGAUGAUGAGUUCUUGGAAGAUGACCCAGCGCAAUCCAUACAUGAAGAUUUUGAAGAAGCUGAUGAGGACCUGAGGAUCCCUGAUGCUCUUGAGAUAAGCAAGAAUAAUGAUGGUGUUAUACAUUCUAGUGAUGGAGAAUCUGAUUUUGAAGAAUAUGAACUGGAAACUAAUCACCAAGUAGAAGAUGAAACCACUGAGGAUUUACUUCCAUCAGAAAUGGAUCAUUCUAUUGAUUCAGAUUUGUCAAAUCUCAUACAGCAAGGUUUGGAGAGUACCCACUGCGACACAGUUGAGGAAAAUAAAUGGGCUCGUGUUGGGAAAGGCGCAAAAGUUAUAGUCCAAGUGGUUAAAGAAGGCUUAGGAACCAAAGGCCCUGCUUUAACUGCUUAUCCUAGUCUUAGAAGCAGAUUCUGGAUAUUAAUAGCUCGUUGUGGUAGAAUUGGAGUCUCGAAGAAGAUUACUGGGGCUGAAAGGACACGGUUAAGAGUUAUUGCAAAGAAACUGCAACCUCCAGGUUUUGGUUUGACUGUCAGAACGGUUGCUGUUGGUCAUUCUUUGGAGGAAUUGCAGAAAGAUCUUGAAGGUUUACUUUCCACCUGGAACGGUAUAGUUGAGCAUGCAAAAUCUGCUGCACUUGCUGCUGAAGAAGGGGUAGAAGGUGCAGUUCCUAUAUUGUUGCAUAGGGCAAUGGGUCAAACACUCUCUGUUGUGCAAGAUUAUUUUAAUGAGAAGGUUAAGAGCAUGGUUGUUGAUUCUCCUCGAACUUACCAUGAGGUAACCAGAUAUCUUCAGGAAAUUGCACCUGAUCUAUGUGAUCGUGUUAUGCUAUUUGAUAAACGAACUCCCAUUUUUGAUGAAUAUCACAUUGAAGAAGAGAUCAAUAAUAUUCUUAGCAAAAGGUAUGUGCUAAAAUUUUCUUGGUUCCCACUCUCUAACGGAGGUUCUCUAGUGAUCGAGCAGACAGAAGCUUUGGUGUCCAUUGAUGUUAAUGGAGGUCAUGGCAUGUUAGGACAAGAAACUUCUCAAGAGAAAGCUGUUCUAGAUGUCAAUCUUGCUGCUGCAAAACAAAUCGCACGGGAAUUGCGGUUGAGGGAUAUCGGCGGUAUCAUUGUGGUUGAUUUUAUUGAUAUGGCUGAUGAAUCAAACAGAAGGCUCGUGUAUGAAGAAGUUAAAAAGGCAGUUGAAAAGGAUCGAUCUAUGGUAAAAGUAUCUGAAUUAUCCAAGCAUGGACUAAUGGAAAUGACUAGAAAGAGGGUUCGUCCAAGUGUUACAUUUAUGAUCAGUGAGCCAUGCACUUGCUGCCAUGGUACAGGACGUGUUGAGGCUCUAGAAACAUCAUUUUCUAAAAUUGAGCAUGAAAUUUGCCGUCUGCUUGCUGCAUCAUAUAAAAAACCUGAUCCUGAGAAUGCAAAAUCUUGGCCGCGAUUUGUACUGAGAGUGGACCGUCACAUGUGCAACUACUUGACAUCUGGCAAGCGAACAAAACUUGCCGUAUUGAGUAGUUCACUCAAAGUAUGGAUCCUUUUAAAGGUUGCUAGAGGAUUUUCAAGAGGCAUGUUUGAAGUGAAGCCAUUCACUGAUGAACAGGAAAAUGAUGAUCAUCAAGUUGCCAUCUCCAGAUUACAGCGCACAAAAGCUAAAACUUUCAUUCCAAAUACGAAACUAACUUUAUUUCCGAUUAAGAAAUGGAAGACCCGAGGAAAAUAGUGGAGCAUCAGAUUCUUUUCCUCUGUUUCUCAGUACAUAAAUUCUCACCAUGGCUCAACAAGAACUUUGUUCAUUGAACAGUGAAUGCUUCUCUUUGCCGGACCUGACCAAACUUCUUGAGGCAGUUCUUCUGUUUCUUUUUUUCUUGUUAAGUGUCAGUGUACCAAUUGUAUUCUAAUUACUAGCUUAUUUUUUCGACCUUUUUUUAUCACAAAUGAGGCAUAGUUUAUUCAUGCAUUUUUGUAUCAAACACAACGCAAUUUUGUUCAAUUGUUUUUGUGUAUUGAUACAUGUAUUUGUUGUUGUUUGUUGAUACAUAUAUAUAAUUUUGAAUGGAAACUAAGAGCAUGUUACUUGUACUCAAUAAAAUGAUCU